AUGGGUCAAGAUCCCGAGCGCGAAGUCAGGUCCUGGGGGUUUUCACGGGUAUUCAAGUGGAAAGACCACGCUGGGGCUUACUACCCGCCACACCAUUUAACCACGCAUCUGAUCCUGCAGGGCGAGCUUACCAUCACGUAUCCGGACGACCCUACACCGACCAAGGAGACAUUCAAGACCGGUAGCAGACUCGAUGUUGCGGCAAACCGAAGGCAUGAAGUCUGGAUAGGCAAUGAAGGAUGCACCUAUGUCAUUGGCGAGUAA